AUGAAAGAGGCGAACGGCGGACAAGCCCAAGGAGACGAUUGCCGUUUCGAUUCUGGUCCCCAGUCCAAAUCUUCCAAUCCUAACACCCUCUUCGCCUUUCCUAACUACUUCGCACAGCUCCUCGUAAAACGCGUCCAUUCGGAUUCAUCAGCCGCUGAUGUUGUGUACCGUCAUUCAUCUGUUGUACGUCGCUCCUUCUGCACAUUAUUAUUAUUAUUAUUAUUAUUAUUAUUAUUAUUAUUAUUAUUAUUAUUAUUAUUAUUAUUAUUAUUAUUAUUACUACUAUUAUUAUUAUUAUUAUUAUUAUUAUUAUUAUUAUUAUUAUUAUUAUUAUUAUUAUUAUUAUUAUUAUUAUUAUUAUUAUUAUUAUUAUUAUUAUUAUUAUUAUUAUUAUUAUUAUUAUUAUUAUUAUUAUUAUUAUUAUUAUUAUUAUUAUUAUUAUUAUUAUUAUUAUUAUUAUUAUUAUUAUUAUUAUUAUUAUUAUUAUUAUUAUUAUUAUUAUUAUUAUUAUUAUUAUUAUUAUUAUUAUUAUUAUUAUUAUUAUUAUUAUUAUUAUUAUUAUUAUUAUUAUUAUUAUUAUUAUUAUUAUUAUUAUUAUUAUUAUUAUUAUUAUUAUUAUUAUUAUUAUUAUUAUUAUUAUUAUUAUUAUUAUUAUUAUUAUUAUUAUUAUUAUUAUUAUUAUUAUUAUUAUUAUUAUUAUUAUUAUUAUUAUUAUUAUUAUUAUUAUUAUUAUUAUUAUUAUUAUUAUUAUUAUUAUUAUUAUUAUUAUUAUUAUUAUUAUUAUUAUUAUUAUUAUUAUUAUUAUUAUUAUUAUUAUUAUUAUUAUUAUUAUUAUUAUUAUUAUUAUUAUUAUUAUUAUUAUUAUUAUUAUUUUAUUAUUAUUAUUAUUAUUAUUAUUAUUAUUAUUAUUAUUAUUAUUAUUAUUAUUAUUAUUAUUAUUAUUAUUAUUAUUAUUAUUAUUAUUAUUAUUAUUAUUAUUAUUAUUAUUAUUAUUAUUAUUAUUAUUAUUAUUAUUAUUAUUAUUAUUAUUAUUAUUAUUAUUAUUAUUAUUAUUAUUAUUAUUAUUAUUAUUAUUAUUAUUAUUAUUAUUAUUAUUAUUAUUAUUAUUAUUAUUAUUAUUAUUAUUAUUAUUGCGAAUUGCAUAAGGUUAAUGUCCACCCAGACUUCAAAGGAUGUGUCGAAAGCUGUGGAGGACCAGGUUGCGAUUCCCUGAUCCCAUUUCAGGCUGCCUCUUCUACCGAAUUUAUCUUUUACCCAAUGAUGACGCACCCGUCUACUAGUUCUUCAAAUGCGCACGCUGGAAAGGAUCUAUGCAUCUUCAAAUGA